GGCGGACCCGGCGCUGACGGAGCCGGCGGAGCGGCCGCGAUGGACGUGUUCCUGAUGAUCCGGCGCCACAAGACCACGAUUUUCACCGAGGCCAAGGAAUCGUCCACGGUGCUGGAGCUGAAGAGAAUCGUGCAGGGGAUCCUGCACCGCCCGCCCGAGGAGCAGCGGCUCUACAAGGACGAUCAGCUCCUGGAGGACUCCAAGACUUUGGGCGACUGCGGCUUCACGAGCCAAACGGCGCGGCCCCAGGCCCCGGCCACCGUGGGGCUGGCCCUCAGAAACGGGGAGGAAUCCUUCGAGGGGCUGCGGAUCGAGCCCUUCUGGCCCUAA